UGUUGUGAUAAACUUAUUAAAUAGAUCGAUGGAAAUAGGAAAUUCCGUUUCAUUGGAAACGUUCUACGACAGCUACGGAAACGAAUUAUUAAGCCUUGGCUUAAACUACGCUUUUGUUGAGUGUUGUUACCUAAGAUAUGAUGAAAUCGGUCAUAACUUUGACCUUCAGGGCAAUGAUCUAGUGUGGAUAGUUUGCUCUCUCUACGAACAGUACAGAGAGAGUAGAGAAUGUGGCAAUAUUGGCUUGGAUAAGUUUUUGGUGGUUUUCGCAAUUAGUUUCAGUUUCUCUCAGUUAUUCAAUACCAUGAAUAGUUGGAUGCAAAUGGCUGGUUCAACUUCUAGUUUCAAGGAACACAUGGGCUUACUCGAGCUAACGUUCAAUGUUGAUAUGGUCGUAUUCAAAAAUUAUGAGAGGUUGUUUUCAACUUUGUUCUGCGAGAUGGAGUUUCCUAACUUAAGUGGACAUCAUAUAAAAAGAUUCGAGCUAACUCGUGAGGAGUUAUUCUAUUUCAUAUGGUUACUGCAUAUUCAAAUUAAAGUAUCUUUAAAUGGACUGCGAGGAGACCUUGUCAACUGCAGUCAACUUCUCCUGUGCUGCGUGGAUUUCGUCUACAUGAAUAUUAUGAAUUCGGAAAAUCGUCAUCUCAUCAGUCCUUCUUUUGUAGGUUCCAGUUUGAAAUCAGAGACCAUUAAAUCUAACGAUCUCGGGUUCGGCUCAAAUCAAGCAGCUGUGACCAACUCAGAGUUCUUCGAGGCUAUUUGUUGCAGACGUGGAGGUGGUCACUUGCGAGAAUGUUUCUCCGUGAGACAGCACUGGUUCAGACCAUACUUGGAGAAGAUGGCAGCGGAAGGAGCUUUGACACUUGACGAUGGAAAUCUGAUGUCAAUGUUUUCAUGCAGCGAAAACUACUUUUCCAACAGAAACUACUUGGAAACUAGUUACGAGCUUUUGAUACAGAAAUCCGGGCAACUAGAUGAGAGGUUAUUUGUCAAAGAGGCCAUCAAGCGGGACUUGAAUCUAUCUUCUUUGGUAAAACCCUCGAUUCUAUUGGCUGGUCCUCGUGAUCGAACCAGGAGAAAUCCUCAACAAAGUCAGGGUUCAACUGAGGUGUGUUCUAACCUGGAGGGAGUCAGUAAACUUCAGGCUAUAUUGGUCGGCUUCUCCAAUAUGCCACUGAUGGACCUGAUUCAGAUAUGUAAUGAGUGUUCUGCUAUCACUUUGCAAGAAAUCGAGGACAGAAUUAAUCAAUUGGGCUACCAAUUUGCAAAUCAGCAGUGCCAACAGACAACUGGAAGUAAUUUGGUCAAUCUGCAGCUCUACUUCUCCGAGACUCUCUACUACAAACUACUGCAUACAAUGGUGCUGUCAGAAACGAAGCGAAUCAAGUGCUCCUCUUCGCCUUCUAAGCUGUUCAUUUUCGACCUGCUUCACAGAGAGAAUUUUCACAAAAGUUUGUUCGCAUGCUGCAUUGAAAUUGUCCUCACUAGCUAUGGCUCCAAAAAUUUAUUUCCAUGGAUUCUGGAAGUGUUCACUUUGAAGCCCUAUCACUUCUAUCGGGUCAUUGAAGUGGUCAUCAAACAUGAGGAGGGUCUAUCAAGAGACGUGAUCAAACAUUUAAAUUGGGUGGAGGAGUCGAUAUUGGAAGAGCAUGUGUGGCAGAGUGACUCGCCGCUCUGGAUAGACAUUGAACAGGCAGCUGGCGAGCUGCCUUCGGGUUUUACAGGAGUUCCCAGGUGCAUUGACGUCCUGCUUCCGAACCAGAUGUCCAACUCAACUAGUGCAGCUCUCAAGAAUAGGGUCCAGAACAAGCUGCAGGGAUCUGAAUCAGUAAGAGCUGCUAAUACUAUGAAGCUCGUGACAUCUUCAGGACAAACGUUGAUUUCGUUGCCUUCUACUUCAACGAACUCAUUGGGUACUUCAAAGUUAAUCGAUCAGCUUAAUCAAAAUCAAUUGACAAUGAAUCCAUUAAAUGCGACGUCCUCUCAAUUGAGUGGUGUUUCUCCUACAAAAAUGACGCUAGACAAACCGAGAAAAACUGGGGCGCUGAGUUUAUUUUUCCGCAAGGUAUACCUUUUAGCCAGUGUUCGUAUUCGGCAACUCAUGGCUGGAUUAGAAGCAACAGAUCCCCAAUCGGCCAAUCAGAGUUCAGAUUCCCAAUCUUCUACAAGUAGCAGCUCUUCGGCAGCUGUGAACGAAGAGUCCAAUGAAUUGAAGAAAAUCUGGGCCGUGUUCGAGAACUGCAUGGUACUGAGUUCUGAAUUGCUGGUUAACAGACAUUUGGAUCAAGUGAUUUUAGCGACUGUUUACCUCGUGGGAAAAGCUCUGAGUAAAAAGUGGACGUUUGAGAAAAUACUGGGUGUGUACAGGUUUCAGCAACAAGCCAACAGGAGGACAUACAGGAGAGUUUUGAUAGCCUACCUCCAAACAGCCGACGGAACUUUUGAAGAAAACAGAGACGACAUUGCGGUAUUUUACGACCAAAUCUUCGUUCCAAAUUGCACAGAUUAUGUUGAGCAGUUUUUGUCAAAACAUUCGUACAGUGCGACCAAACCGCAUGCUGCUUCCGGACUUAUACCCAAUAAAACCUGUCUGGAUAAAAAUACCUGUGUGAUUCCAUGCCACAAAGGGAAACCACUGGCUGCCCGGAAGGUGUGUCUCGAUCACAACUUCUAUUUGAUGCCGCAUCGAGAUGAAGAUGAUAAAAGUGCCUAUCAGAAGUCGAACACUUUGACUUAUAGAUUCUCAAUCUGUCCGUCCAAGAAGUUGGACGAAUUUAAUUCCUACAUUCAAUCGAAGGAAAUGUCCAAAAAGUUGAAUCCUACUGCAUCCGCUUCAUCCUUUAAGUCCAAAUAUUUGCAGUCACCCCACACUUCAAAAGGCCAUCUUUUUGGACUGAACGAGAAAGUGAACUACUUCAAGCGAAGCAUGUCUAGUUCCUAUCAACAUAUCGGCUCAAGCAGUAAAGAUGCAAGACUUUCUUCUUCUGUUUUGCCGAAUAGUUUCGAAAACAGACAAACGUAAAUGAUUUCAACGGCUAGAUUUUUAGAAGUUUAUUAUCGAUCAGAAAUCGAUCAUCACAUCUUCCAACUUUAAUACAGCUCCAUGGAGGUUCAGAGGAAUUGGAUUGUUACGCCAUUGCUUGGCAAAAGAAAUGAUCAAGGCAACAUCCAGCCUAAUUUUCCUCAGUUUCUAUGGCGCAGUGUUUAAAUGGUGUAUAUUUCCAUUGUAGUAAGCCAUGAAGGUGCUCAAAUGGAUUUGAUAAUUUAAAUGCGUCACAGAAAAGUGCAAUUCUAAUUACUUGAUUUCUAUAACUGAACUGUUGUUUUUGUUGAUUUAACCCAAAGGGAUAAACGAAAUUUAAGAAACUAAAUAAAAAAGUUGUCAGAUUGGUAGCUCGGAAAAGAACGCAGUAGAA